AGGCCACCUACUGGUGUAGUUCAAUCCAAGCAACUUCUUGCCCUUCUAAACAGUGGUGCGUUUACACCUUUGUGCCAGCCCGGGAGCUACACAACCAAAGUAGAAGCUCCUUUAGUCGUCUCCGUCUGCUUCGUCAUUCACGUGGUCAUUCUUAAUUUCUGAAAUACAAAAGUAGAAGUGCAACAAGAUGAACAGCUGUGCCGGGUUGUUCAACCCGAACGCGAUCCUGACCAGCAUAUCAAGUGGCGGAGGUUCCAGCGGCUCGAGCUCGUCCUCGUCUCUACCAACAGCCACGAGCUUCCCGUCGUCAACCACUACGUCAGCAUGCAGUGCGGUCGAGACGGAGUUUCGCGAGAAAGCGUACAUCGAAAUCAAGAAAGAGCUGGAACGAAAUUUGCAGGACAGCAUUCUACAGCUCGAGGACCUGAAGACGAUGCUUCUCGGGACCUUCCCACCGAUAAUACUGGAUAUGAAGUAUGAAAGUGUUCAAAUGUGCGAUCGCGCGGAAAACUACAGGGUGAUACUGUACUUAACUGUUCCACAGACUGUAGGUGACCUUUGCAAACUCAAAAAAUAGAGUUCUCUAUGACUAUGGUUUUGUUUGCAUAGCACCGUCACCCGUUUUUCGGCUUCGCUGUACAUUUUUCCCUCUUCAAAAUGUGGUGAAAGAUGCACUCAACGGAGCAAUUCAGGAGCAACUGCGGCCCGCGAAGCGUUUGAAAACAGGAGGAGCGGAGGAGGCGCAACAAGACGGACCAGGGGCGCUGCAGAGGAAGCCGCUUAACACGCCUGGCCCUGAUGUGGUCGUCGCUGCUCGUACCGGAUUCUCUGCAGGUCAUACUCGAGACCAAUAUGGCACCGGACGCGCGAAUCCAGAACCGGGGAUCAAGAAUGGUCUCGCCUCGAGUCCACCACUUGCCGGACAGACGCCUCUUCUGGCUGCAUCUGUAGCAUCCUCAUCUGCAGCAGCUGAGGUAAGUACUUGUUCCGGUGCGUGAAGUUGGAAUUCGAAUUGAUGCAUAUCUAAUCUAUCAACUGUUUGCUUUGGAGUGUCUGAUGAAAUGCGGACUUGGACUCUCGUUUGUUUGGAGUAAUGAAUUGUUCGGAAGCUACUUCGAAUGAAUCGUUUGUCUGACAGGUGAAGCAAGUGAAUGCUGCCAAUUUUCCCUCGCGACCUGGUGGGUUCGGUCCUGCACCCAUGCGUCGUGUCGCUGGAUCGCCCGGACCCGCACUUGCACCUGCGGCUGCCGCAUCCGCGGUAAGUACAACGACAACGAACCCGAUUUCACGGCCGAUGGCAGGAUUAGCCUCACUCUUCAAGCCGCCAGCACAUGAUACUGACGUAUUAGUUAUUCAGGGAAAAUUUGUCACCGUCACCGUUUUGGCAUAUUCAUUUUCCGACCCAAAAAAAUUGAUUUUUUCCUGAUAUCCCACACAUGCCCGUAUUGAUCAGUUGUUGCAAAUGUGGCCCGCGAGGCAUUACACUUCGAGCAUGGUGGCCCGUGUAGUUGAACACAAUCCAGAAGCGCCCCGGAAUGGCUUUGCCGUCGUACAGACCGAAGACGCGGCUCCAGAAGGCCCGUUGCGAGGAGGCUGGCUGCUGGCGCAUAGGGGCUCGAUCCUUGCUGGGGGGGCUUCUGCAUGGUGCGGCUUGUGAUGUUGGGUUGCUCCUGGGAAUGUCGGGCCCUUGUCACUCCUUGACUAAAAGCCUCCGGCAAAGGACCUCCAGAACCCAGAAAAAAGCAGCAAAAUUUUAAGCAAAUUUAACGACCACCUGGUGACAAAUCCCAGAAAUUUUACAUUUUGCACGGUAUGGUGGACGUUUCCGAGCCAGAUUUGUUACUGGUGACAAAUCAGCAAAUUCUUGCAUUUUGCAGGGUAUGGUGGACGAUUGCGCACGGACCAAAAAUUCUUGCAGCUGCAAGAAUUUUUGAUCAGUGCGCAAUCGUCCACCAUACCGCGCAAAAUGCAAAAUUUCGGGCAUUUGUCACCAGUUCCGCUUUUGGGCUCCCAUAGUCCACCAUACCGUGCAAAAUGCACGAUUUUCGAGAUUUGUCACCGGGUCGUCGGUUAAUUUGCUUAAAAGUUUGCCUUUUUUUCACGGGUUGUGGAGGUCCUUUGCUGAAGGUCUUUCGUCAAGGAGUAAGAUGUGCCCGAGAUGCUGAGGGGCAACCCAGCAAGACCAGCCGCAGUAUUCCGAUCCUCCGCGGACGGAAAUCUGGUUGCUCUAGUGUCAGUAGACAGCCUCCCAGCCAAGGACCUUCUGGACGAGCCGCGGCUUUGGCCUGUAUAACGGCAGCGCCGUUCUGGGAUAUUUCGGGACUACCUUCAGCGAGCUAGGUCAGCGCGCUUGAAACGCAGUAGCUAGCUUGCCGCAGUUGCAACAUGUGGCAGACACGGACACGCAUACAAAGCCAGCAGAAAUUCAAAUUUUUUUGCUCAAAAAAUGAAUAUGCCAAAACGGUGACGGUGACAAAUUUUCCCUGAGUAUUAGUAUCGGACGAAAAAGGGACAGCGCCGCGUCCGAGACCAGUAGACCCUCGAGGCUCAGAACUGAAAGCGGAUGAGCGAAAAUCAUCGCAGCCCAAGCAUAUAGGAGCCGAGGCAGGGCCACCAGCAUCAACAGCGGUGCACCACCUGAACCAAACACAAGUCCAGGCAGCUGUGCCACGAACGAUGAACAUGAAGCCGAUGGCGCAAAUGCCCUCGGAGUUUCAGAAGCUGUCGCAGCGGGACCAACAAAAAAUCAUUCACCAGACGAUUCAACAGCUCGCUCGGGGCAUCAACAGCGAGGAAUCGAGCCUGUUUGCAAAGCCAUCGCCAAACGCUAAACCAGUGCCGGUUUCCACGUCCAUUUUUGGCGCGCGAGCAGCAAGUCAUGCGAAAGCUUCGGCGAAUGCUGGCACUUCGUCUGCGCAUUCGCUUUUCGCUGGUCGGAUCAACGAGAAAUGAAAUCCCCGUUGCACCACAGACAACUUUUACUUCGUUCAAAAAGCAUGUUGACUCAAACCGCUCUUAACAGAACAGGUGUCUAUCCUGUUGCAGCAGUACUGUCAUUUCAAAGUUAGGCAGAACCUGGCAAGCAACUACGUCUGGAGAGGAGUUGUUUAUGUUUCCUUGAUAAUCAACGGGGUGUUGGUGUUGCAGCUGGG